AUGUGUCGCCUAGUCAUUUUCAGUGGCACCUGCACCAAGUGUGGCGAAGAGCAAAUAUGGGAGGAUCUCACACAAGAGCUGUCAUGUCUCGAGGCGAAAAACAAUGGAUUCUUUGGGGAUUGCUCCAAUGGGGUAUUUCAAGAGCAGCACCACUUCGACCAGGAGUGUGAUCAAUGCAACGAGGAGGAUGAAGGAAUCGGUGAUGUCGAAGAGGCGGGGGUAGAGGAGGGCCUUGUGGCCCAUGGAAAGCGAGGGGUUGAUGAAGAGAGGUCGACAAACUCACGGAAGAAGACCAAAACUUGA